AUGUUUAAUUUACCUUUUUUGAAAAGCAGUAGCGGUUUUUGCAAUUAUAGCUUUCUUCAAUCUAUACGAAGAACAGAGUCUAAGUAUUCCGCCCUUUGUAGUCGCUUGCUUCCGAUUUCCCUACUCGACCGGAUUCAAUCCCUUCCGCCUUCCCGUGGCACCUUUCUGCAUAUUAUUUUUCUGAAUUGUCCCACAUUUAUUGACUACCGAGGUAUCCUUGCCUGUCUGGAUGGAUAUAUGAACAUAGCAAUGGAGCAAACAGAAGAAUAUGUCAAUGGGCAAUUGAAAAAUAAAUAUGGGGAUGCAUUUAUUCGGGGAAAUAAUGUGCUUUAUAUCAGCACAACAAAGAGGACAUUGGGCGAAGGGGCUUAG